AUGCAUUGUCACUCAGAUUGGAAAGCUGCCUCCGGUGAGAGUGGAAAGUUUUUCGGAUGCAAAAUUGGAACUGAUAAACCCAAGGAAAUGCCCACAUGCCUUUUGAUGAUGGUGUGGUUUGAUUGUGGUGGAAGGUCGCAAUUUGAGGUUCUGGGUUUGGUCACUGUUUUGCUGGAAGAAGAAGAAAAUGUACAGGGGUGGGUCGAUUUGGUAUUGUUUUACGUUGUUGAUGUAACGUAUGUAUUGCUGGAAUGGUGGGCUGCUGGUAUUGGCUACUAUAUUAAUCCCACUGUCUUAUCUAAUGUUAAGGAUGAUAUGUUGAUUGCACAGGAUGAUAUUUUUGGUCCAGUACAGUCCAUCUUAAAAUUUAAGGAUCUUGAUGAAAUGGUACGGAGAGAUAAUAGUUCUCAGUAUGGUCUAGCUGCUGGAGUAUUUUCACAGAACAUUGACACUGCAAACACCUUGGCACGAGCCUCGAGAGUUGGGAUGGUAUGGAUUAAUUGCUUUGAUACAUUUAAUUCUACAAUUCCUUUUGGUGGCUAUAAGAUGAGUGGUCAGGGAAGAGAAAAGGGAGAAUAUGGUCUCAGGAAUUACUUACAAGUGAAGUCAGUUGUGACGCCAUUGAAGAGUCCAGCAUGGUUAUAAACAUAAUCCUCUUAAGCAAUUUUUACAAAUAAAACUAAACCAUCAUGAUAUCAAAUUACUCUAGUUUAUGAUGUUGAUGACGAUAAAUGUUGGAUUUCUUUCAAA